AUGUGUGUAAUGAUAUUAUCUGACUCUGAUUAUCAAGUACAGUAUAAGGGUUCGGACCCCCGCGUGGCGACCUGCCGCGGCCGGCUCCAGACCCGCAGAUGCCAGCUGAACCAGGAAAUCAACAAGGAGUUGAGACUCAGGGCGGGGGCAGAGAACCUCUUCAAGGCGACCACUAACAGGAAGCUCCGUGAGACGGUGGCCCUCGAGCUGAGCUUCGUGAACUCCAACCUGCAGCUGCUGAAGGAACAGCUGGCCGAGCUCAACUCCUCCGUGGAGCUGUACCAGAACGACAGCAAGGAGUGCGUGAUGCCCAUGAUCCCGCUGGGGCUCAAGGAGACCAAGGAGGUGGACUUCCGCGAGCCCUUCAAGGACUUUAUACUGGAGCACUACAGCGAGGACGCCUCGGCUUAUGACGACGCCAUCUCCGACUUCAUGGACAUGAGACAGGCCACCCGCACGCCGGUGAGGUCGUCGGCGGGCGUGGCGCUCCUGUUCAAGUACUACAACCAGCUGUACUACAUCGAGCGGCGGUUCUUCCCGCCGGACAGGUCGCUGGGGGUCUACUUCGAGUGGUUCGACUCCUUGACCGGUGUUCCGUCGUGCCAGAGGACGGUCGCGUUCGAGAAGGCCUGCGUGUUGUUCAACAUCGCCGGCAUCUACACGCAGAUAGGAGCCAAGCAGGAGCGGUCCACGUGUUCGGGUCUGGACGGGUCGGUGGACGCGCUGCUGCGGGCGGCCGGCGCGCUCCGCUACAUACACGAGAACUUCACCAACGCGCCCUCCGUCGACCUGGCCGCGGACACGCUGCUGGUGCUGGGCGCGCUCAUGACGGCGCAGGCCCGCGAGUGUCUGUUCGAGAAGCUGCAGCUGCAGGCGGGGGAGCUGGGCGAGCGGGUCAGCCUGGACCUGGCGCAGGAGGCCGCGCGCCUGGCCGACACCUACAGGCAGCUGUACGAGAAGGUGCGCCCAGGAUACUACAUACAUACACGAGUAUCACGGGUCACAGCUGACCUCAAUGUGUUCCGUCCGCAGAUGCAGACGGAGGGAGUCAUCAACUACGUGCCGUACUCCUGGGUGUCACUGGUGCAUGUCAAGGCUGAAUACUAUAAAGCGGUGUCUCACGAGUACUGCGCCGCGGGGCUGCUGUCAGCCGAGGGGCCGCCCGGCGACAGGCUGCUGGACCUGUACCAGCACGACGGACACGGCGGCCAGUCGUCGUGUGAGAGCUCCCUCCCGGCGCUGGGUCGGGCUCACCUGGCGGAGGCGCUCGCGGCCUACGAGGAGGCGCUCCGGCUUCAGAGGAUGUGUCGAGAGCUCCGCAACAAGCAGUCCCUGUCCCGGCUGGUGAGCGUGAGUCGUGAUCGAGCCGCGGGGCUGGUAGCGCCGCCCGCGGACGACUUCGACGACCUCAUCGACCUCCCGCCUAUAGCACCGUCGUCCAAGUUCCAGCUGGCCCUGACCCCGCCCGACUUCUCCCAGCACCGCGUGGAGGACCUGUUCCGCUCGCUGGGACCCAUCGCGGUGUUCUCCGCCAAGCGACACUGGAGCGCCCCGCGCCUGGUGACGCUCCACCGACACGCGGCCGGCGACGACUACGUGACCAGGACCAACGGGGUCUACAUCAACAGCUACGACGGAGACUACCCGCGGGCGAGCGGCAGGGAGGGGGAGGGGUUCGGGUUCACCGUGCGGGGAGACGCGCCUGUCAUGGUGGCCGCCGUGGAGCAGGACUCACUGGCUGAUAUGGCGGGCAUGCGGCCGGGAGACUUCAUAAUGAGUGUAGGAGACAGGGACGUGAAGUGGAGCUCGCACGAGGAGGUGGUGCGCCUCACGCGCGCGGCCGGGGAGCGCCUCACGCUGCGGCUCGCCUCGCCCAUGGACCGGCCCGGCCAGGUGCGUGCGGCCGCUCGUCACGACACUCACCCUGUAUCACUAACCGUCGUUCACCUCCUCUCAGUCCGCCCAUAUGUCCACAGUCGUCCCCGGCCGGCCGCUCCCGCUCCACCCAGGGCUCCGUGUCGGCUGCCUCCACGUCCUCGGGCUCCACGGCGGCCGCGCGCCCCCGCCGGGCUCCCUCCUGGAACCCCUUCAAGAAGACCGGCGCCAGGGACACCAGCCAACACAGACACGCCAACCUCGUGUACCGAUGAUCGAACACGGCGGCCGAGUGACGUGUGCCGUGGUUGCUUUCGAACGUUGUAUCGACUAUAA